AUGAGCUCAGCUUUAGUGCCACGUUCAAGCUCAAAGCAGGGAAAGGCGGCCUUCCCCAACGGAACAAAUGUUGUUGCUCCUUCUGUUCAUAGUUCGCAUGACUUCGCUCUCGUUGUGCGUGGACUUCCUAAUCGAACUAAGAUGGAUCGGGCUGUUGGCUCAGAGAAGGUAUCUGGAACUGGAAUGUUUGGGCACGAGAGUAACUCGACUUCAAGGCCAAGGUCCGAAGAUGUUGUCAAUCUUGAUUAUGGAAAGGAUAAGGAAGUCCACCGGGAUUGGCUUAAAGCUAAGCCAGGUGCUAUAGGUGAGGAAGGUUUUAGAAAGCUAGAGUCCGGAAGUGAAAGAUGA